AUGGCAGCAGACAAACCAACGAAUUCUCAGGUCAAUGCUGCCUCGAAUCAGAUAGGGGACGCCCAGAAGUUUCCAACUGCUAAUGGGGAUGUCGACUUGAAGAUGUUCGAUGAUUACGGCGCUCUCGCAUCAGUGAUUGAUGAAAAGGCAGAGCGAAGACUUGUCAAGAAGUUGGACAUGUUUAUCAUUCCUUUCUUUUGUGCCACCUACCUCAUCACUUACAUCGAUAAAGCUACUUUGAGCUAUGCUGCUAUCUUCGGUCUCACGAAAGAUGUCCACCUGGUAGGAACACAGUAUACCUGGCUUGAUUUAAUAUUCAACUUCGGGUACUUUCAUGUGUUAUACUUAUCAAGGCAAUUCGAAUACCCAACUAGCUUCGCUAUGCAAAAGUUCUCUGUCGCAAAAUGGCUAGAUGCAAAUAUCUUCGUCUGGGGCGGCAUCUGUAUGGCACUGGGGGGAUGCAGCAACUUCUCUUCUCUUGCCGCACUUCGAUUCAUACUCGGAAUGCUUGAAUCAUAUUCGACCUCCGCAUACUACAGCGCUUAA